CAACUUUCAUCAACUUGUGACCGUACUUUGAAGGAAUGUUCGACACCCUGCACAACCUCUGUACCUUUUCUAGCAAGCCUGGUUCUCGAUGGACCCCAGUCCAGAUCCCAGACUUGGAGGGAAAGAUCGUUAGAGUGACCGGUGGCUCGUCAGGGAUAGGGAAAGAGAUAGUCAGGCAUGCGAAUUGGUCGAACACUAUUAUUUUGCGUUUCUUCCUCUUAUGGCCCACAAUGCGGGGCGCAUGGACGUCUCUAUGGACCGUCGCGAGUCUAGAAAACGGGAAGCAAUGCAAUAUUAGAUAAUACAGAAUGGGCAAUGACACAUACCGGCAUCGUCCUUCGCGCUCGCGCCCUGGGUACUGUCACCCACAAUAUAUCGAUAAUGAACGCAGUCGGCGCCCAUGGCCGCCAACUGUACAACUUCUGCUAGUCAA